GUCAUCUGGUUUUUUAACCCUAACCCCAGUGAUGGACCCCCAGGACAGAGCUCAAGUACUCCUCUGUGACCUGUGUCAAAGAGCUGCAUUACAGAGUCAUUGUGAACUUUGUCAGAUUAACCUGUGUAAGGCCUGUGUAGGAGAGCAUCUCUCUGAUUUAUCCAAAAGACACAAUGUUGUACCAUACAAACACAGAACUUCUCCUUCUAACGGUAACUACCCAAAAUGUCCAAACCACAACCAGAAACAGUGUGAACUUUAUUGUGAGAAAUGUGACAUUCAUGUCUGCUCUACCUGCAUCUCCUCUGAUAAACAUCAUGAACAUAAAUUAGUAGAAAUAUUAAAGAAACCAAACUUCAUUAAAGAAAUUUUGAACAAUGAUUUGAAAGAACUAGAAAAAAGAAUACUUCCAACAUAUGAAGAAAUUGCAUCAAAUUUAAACUCGCAAAAACCUAGCUUCGAAGAACAUUAUGAGAAACUGACAACAGCUGUCACCAAACAAGGAGAAGACUGUCACAGAGAAAUUAACAUCAUUGUCAACAAACAGAAAUCUGAAAUUGAUGAGAUGAAAACUGAACACCUGGCUACUCUAAAUAAACAGGAAAAUGAAGUCAAGAAGAUUAUUUAUGAUGUAAAACAGUGCAUACAUGAUCUGAAGAAAUUAUUGGAUUCAAAUGAUGUCUCCCUAGCCUCUGCAUACAAAUCCAGGAAUGCUGAAUUCAGACGUUUACCUCCUACAUUCAAUGUUUCAUUACCAAGUUUCUCUCUUCAUCAAAUCAACACAGAACAACUCCAUCAAAUGUUUGGUUCUCUGUCAGCAUUAUCCAUUACAACAGAAGAACAUGGCUACACAAGGAAGACAUCAAAAGCUGAAACCUAUCCUUCAGUCAAACCACCGCUUGAUGAACCAGAGCUUAUCACCACCAUAGACACUGGGUAUAACAUACUAUACAGUGUUACCUGUCUCAGUGAUGAAGAAAUCUGGACACGUGGAGAAGACAAAAUCAUGAUGCUCUACAACCUCCAGGGCAAACAACUGAAGUCAAUCAAAACCAAAUCUGGGAACAUACCAUGUGACAUAGCAGUGACAAGGAGUGGAGAUCUAGUUUAUACUGACCCUCGUACAAGAACUGUAAACAUAGUGAAGAAUAAACAGAUUCAGGAAUUGAUCAGACUACAGGGGUGGACACCUUACUAUGUCUGUAGUACCUCCUCUGGUGACCUCCUGGUUAUCAUGAAUAGUGAUGAUGAAAAACAAUCAAAAGUUAUCCGUUACUCUGGUUCCACAGAGAAACAAACCAUUCAGUAUGAUAGUGAAGGUGAACCUCUAUAUUCAUGUGGAGACCUUAAAUACAUCAGUGAGAAUAGGAACCUGGAUAUCUGUGUAGCUGACUUUGAAGCCCAUGCAAUAGUGGUGGUUAAUCAGGCAGGAAAACUACGAUUUAGAUACAUCAAGAAAUCAUUUUAUCUAUGUGGUAUCACAACAGACAGCCAGAGUCAGAUCCUGACAGCAGACAAUAACAACAACUGUAUCCACAUCCUAGAUCAGGACGGACAGUUCCUCCGUUACAUUGAUAACUUUGAUCCAUGUGGUUUAUGUGUAGACACCAAAGACAACCUCUUUGUGGCUGAGUUUAACAGCGGUAAAGUUAAGAAAAUCAAAUACAUGUAAACAUUAUGUUUAAAUAAUGACAUGUUUGUGAUAGAAUGUUUUCCA